CUUAUUCUUAUACAUUACCUCGAAAAACUUUUAUUUAUUAUAUGAUGGAUUCAUACGAAGUGCGAGAACUUGAAAGUUGUAAAAAAUUACCUCAUACCUUGGUGCCUGAUACAAAGCGACACAGAGUACGUUUAAAAAGCGACAAGUGUUCAACGUGGGAACGAAUGCAGUCAGUGCUUAUGUUUUCAGUGAUAAUAACCAUUAUCACCUCAGCCUACAGCAAUAAACCUCCCAGAUUUGUUACGGACGGUCAGUCGGAAAUAGUUUUGCGCUUGAAAGAAAGUCCAGAGACGCAAGUCGGUAAUCUCAUUUACACCUUGAAAGGUUAUGAUCCUGACAAUGAUACUUUGACCUUCGAUAAGCGGGCAACAGCAGAUAGUGGCGUGAUACGCAUUGAAAAUAAUGGCACUACUGAAGCCCUAGUUUACUUAGCCAAAGAAUUGGAUAGAGAGACGCAGGAUGAAUACUCUAUAGUUUUAACUUUAAGUGAUAACCAUUUCAACGAUUACAAUUAUGUAACGCAAAGUUUCCUUUUGUUAGUAGAAGACAUCAAUGAUAAUUCCCCAGUAUUUUUACCCUACCAAAGCACUAUCGAAAUACCUGAGGACUCUCAGCCGGAUAUACUUACUGCUCUCGAGGCAGUAGAUGCAGACGAGGGGGCCUACGGUCAGGUAGUUUAUUACCUGCAAGAAUUGGAAGGUGAUAAUGAUGUCUUUGCGAUUAGUACUUAUCAGGGAAAAGGUAUAUUGAGGUUGACAGGUGCUUUAGAUUAUGAAAGCAAAAGUUUAUAUCAAUUACGAAUAUUAGCGAUAGAUCGCGCCAAUUAUGGCCCUGUUAACACGGGCACAGCCGCCAUAUUAAUCAAAAUAAAAGAUAUAGAAGAUCAACCGCCCGAAUUCGUUAAAGUUCAACCUGUCGCACGAAUACCUGAAGACGCCGCUGUUGGCACGAAAGUUAUGCGGGUGCUAUGUAUCGACGGAGAUCGCGGCAUAAAUAAUCCUAUAGUAUAUGAAUUGGAAGAUAACGAAUUAUUUGCUAUUGAACGCUAUACGGGCUGGAUUUAUACAACACAAUUGCUGGAUCGGGAGAAUAUCAACAAUCAGGUCGACGGUGCUUAUAUAUUGAAAAUUACCGCCAGCGAACUUAUAAAGUUGCCCUCAUCUCAGGUUAGAACCGAAGUAACCGUUAUUAUAUCCGAUGUGAAUGACGAAAUACCCACUUUUGGACAAAGCUUCUAUCGGUGUGAAAUCAAUGAGAAUUCACAGGCGAAUACACCUCUUAAUUUUUUAGAUGCCGAGGCUAAAAAUUUUAUACACGAUCAUGAUGUAGGCAAUAAUGGUACGUUCCGUUUAUUUUUGGAUCCACAAAACGAUCUUUUCGAGAUUGUACCGGCUGUAGCGGUUAACGAAGCCAAUUUUAUGUUAAGAGUGAAAAACUCGAAAGCUUUGGAUUUUGAAAUCAUGAAAGAAAUUAAUUUCACUAUAUUUGCUCGAGAAAUGGACGAACCGACUCGGUAUAGUUCGGCUCACGUGCAAAUAACUAUACGCGAUCAAAAUGACAAUUUUCCCGAAUUUUCACACGCCAUUUACAGCGUGUCUUUAAUGGAAAAUAGCGAAAUUGGUACAGCAAUUAUUAAAAUACAAGCAACAGACAAGGAUUCUCAAGAUUUUGGUACAUGCGGUAUACGUUACCGACACCUAAGGGGAGGUGUCGCACACUUAUUACAUUUGGACCCUAUAACUGGUGUGAUAACAGUUAAAAAAGCGGGCGGCUCAGCAUUCGAUAGAGAGUUUAUGAGUCAACAUUACCUAACUGUGGAAGCUAUUGAUAAUUUGGGCAAUGGCAAUCGUAAUACCGCCCAAUUAAUUAUAAAUAUAGAGGACGUUAACGAUAAUGCUCCAAUAUUUUUGCAUAGACAAUACGAAACAACUCUAUUCGAAAAUAAACGUGAUUUUGAACAUCCUUUGCAGUUGGAGUCUCGUGAUAUAGACUUAAAUGAUACUGAAAAUAGUCAAAUUACUUAUGAAAUUGUUGAAGGGAUGUACAUGUCGCAUUUCUACAUCGAUCCAGUCAAAGGUUCGAUAAAACUUUUGAAAGCCUUCGAUUACGAAGAAUUGGUUGAGCAUAAAAGCCGGCAGAGCCGUAUAAUGGGUGAAGGAUUAUUAGAAACGCAUUUACUGGUGAGGGCACGUGACUCCGGUAUACCGAUGCUGUCGACGGUCGUACCUGUUAUGAUAUACGUAAAGGACAUCAACGACAAUCCACCAAUAUUUCAAAAGAAGUUCUACUCAAGAAGUAUAGUCGAGGAUUUACCGAGUGGUAGUUCGAUACUGCAAGUUUCGGCUAUAGACCGAGACGGCUCUGCUCCAAAUAAUGUAAUCGUCUAUCGUAUUCAAGCGGGGGCUGGUGACAAAUUUGUCAUUAAUUCGGAAACUGGAGUGCUAUCAGUUGCUCAUGGAGCGAGCUUAGAUCCCGAUUUAACGGAAGCGAAAACCACCCACUACACCAUAACAGUGUUAGCGAUUGACGGCGGCAUCGGCAACUCGCAAUUAAUGAACUCUGCCACCAUCAAUAUCACAAUUAAAGACGUCAACAACAAAGUGCCUGUUUUAGGUGAAUUACCGCUUUUGCGCACCGGUGAAAAUGUUGCUGUAGGCACCGAACUCUAUCGUAUUCAAGCUUAUGACCUAGACGAGAAUCCAAUAUUGCGAUAUAAAAUCAACGCCCGCAACUCAGAAGCAAGAAAUGAGGACGGGAUCUUUAUACAACAAAGCGAAUAUGAUUAUGUGUCAGUUUUUGAUUUAGAUCCGAUCAAUGGCCGCUUGCAAACCGCAAAAUUAAUAGAUCGUGAGAAGGUGGAACACAUUAAAUUGGCUAUAAUGGUGGAAGAUUUGGCGGCAGCCAACGGCCAACAAUUAGCCGAAGGUAUUUUAAGCUUACAUAUCCUGGAUGAGAACGAUAACAAUCCAAAGUUUAAGGAACCAUUCUACAAACGAUCCAUCGCUGAGAAUAGUAAAAACGGGGUCCAAAUUGCUCAGCUUAAUGCUUACGACAACGAUAAAAAUCGUACAAUAACUUACAGUUUAGAGGGCAAUCCCUUGAUUACUCAAUUAGUACAUCUGAACGCACAAAGCGGAGAGCUGGUGGUAGGGAGUAAAAUCGAUCAUGAACAAUUUCAAUGGUUAAACUUUUCUAUACGAGCCACAGAUUCGGGCUUGCCUCCACGAUCGACUUUAGUAGAUAUCUACGUAACGGUACUUGAUGAAAAUGAUAAUAAUCCUUAUUUUUUAAGCGGCUCCAAGAAUUACACAAUUAGCGAAUCGGCCAAUAUCGGUACGAGAGUUGGAACCGUAUAUGCGGGUGACUCUGAUUCCGGCGAUUUUGGCAAAAUUACUUUCCUUUUGGAUCGUAUAAGUUCUCAGGGCAAAUUCUCCAUAGACGCCGACACCGGAGUUUUGAGUGUAGUUGACAAACUGGAUCGAGAAACGAAAGACUUCUAUAUGUUAGUUAUAGAAGCUUGGGACAAUUAUCAAUUUGGUUUCUCAGCUGGCGAAAGUCGUAACGCUUUCAAACAGGUUUUUGUAACUAUUUUAGACGAAAACGAUAAUGCUCCACAGAUCGAUAAGGACUUUUCUGAAUGUGUAUUUAUAACCGAAUAUCAUGAAUUAAAUGAGAAGAUAGUUACUAUUAAAGGAUCUGAUAACGAUGAUCCACAAACACCAAAUGGACGUUUAGAGUUUCAUAUAGCUAAAGGCAAUACGGAAGAACUGUUUGAGUUGCGACAAAUUGAUGCCUGGACCGCUGACAUAUAUGCACGGUUCUCUUUACGUAACCGUUACGGCAAUCAUUCCAUGCUCAUCCGAAUCCACGACUUGGGCGUCCCGUCUAAUUACAUCAGCAAAACUUUGGAUAUUUGCAUAUCCGAUUAUAAUGAUCACGCGCCGACAUUCGUACAACCUUUGCGUAAUAGCACAGUGAGAAUACCCGAAAAUAUAACCAUCGGUUCUUUAGUGUUACAAGUACUGGCCACUGAUGAUGAUAUUGGCCUGAAUGCUUUAAUCAAAUACCGCUUAAAACCGGAUCCAUUGGGAAGUUAUAAGCUUUUCGAACUGGAUAGCGAGACUGGAAAUUUGUACAUAAAACAACCUCUGGAUCGCAAUAAGCAGAAAAUUCAUGAGAUACGUAUCGAAGCUUACGAUCAGGGUUUACCGACUUCUUUGACUACAGAUUUAGAUCUAAUCGUUUAUGUACGCAAAGUUAACGAAUAUGAACCGCAAUUUAUUGUAGACGAAAUUUAUGUUAACUUCACAGAGCACACCGAUCCCGGUGUGGAACGUGUUGAACUACCUGCUACAAUAGAUAAAGAUGAAGCCGAUGAUUUGGAUGAUCCACCAAGUCACGUUUGUUACUCCAUAAUAUACGGCAAUGAAGAGGAAUAUUUUCAUUUAGAUCCAGAAACUCAUAUUUUAGUUACCACGAAAGAACUGGAUCGUGAAUUGCAGUCAAAUUACUCUUUAUAUGUGAAAGCUUCAACGAGCUGCACUUCAGGCGAAAAUAUUUUAAAAAACAAGCAAAAUAAGAUAGAAAUUGAAAUUGAUCAAAAAUCGGAGAAAACACAUUAUCGCACACAACAGGCUUCUGUGUAUAAACCUGAGAUUUAUAACCGUUAUAAACAUUCGCGAACUAUCCGAUCUCUUCGGGAUGAGGAGGCUGCAGCUUUUAACAAUGCUUCCGUUAGAGAGUUGUUCAAAGCAGACAGUACAGUUGUUAAAGUUGAGAUACAUAUCGUGGAUAUCAACGAUAAUCCACCAAAGUUUCAAUCAAAAAUAUUUACUGGCGGCAUUACGACGAACGCAGACUUUGGUGCACGUUUUAUGCGCGUGGAGGCAACUGAUUUGGAUGAAGGUGAAAAUGCUAAAAUAACCUACUAUCAGGUUGGCGAAAUACGGCAAACAUUGUCGGAGGGUUUGGAAAAUGUCAGGACCUCGCCAUUUCUGGUUGACCGAGAAACGGGAGAAAUACAAUUAAAUUUUGACCCGCAAAAGGAUAUGAAGGGCUACUUUGACUUUAUGGUUUUGGCUAACGACAGCGUCGGGAUGAAGGAUGUAGCUCGUGUUUUUAUAUAUCUCUUAAGGGAGGAUCAAAAAGUCAGAUUUGUAUUUAGACUGCAAACGGACGAAUUAAGAGAUAGAGUUCAUGAAUUUAAGGAAACACUUAGCAAUAUCACGGCUGCUAUAGUGAACAUAGACGAGAUUAAAGUGCAUGAGAACAGGGACGGCUCGGUGGAUAAAACAAAAACCGAUUUGUAUAUGCAUUUAGUCAGUAAAAUGGAUAAUUCUAUAUAUGAAGUAGCGGAAGUUCUGAAUUUAAUCGAUGGCCAUAUUGAAAGUUUAGAUAAACUAUUUAAGGAUCUCAAUGUUUUGGAUACACAAGCAGCCGAAGCUCAGCUAUUGACAUCGGAACUUCAGGCAAACGCGAUGUUUGUAUGGCUAGUAUUUACGAAUCUAUUUUUGGCCACUUUAUUAGUCGUUAUCUUGAUAUUAUGCAUCUCGCAAAGGACUGACUAUAAAAGACAACUGAGGGCAGCUGAAGUUAAUAUUUUCCGUAACUCUUCUUUGUCUUUGCGAAACACUGCGGCGACUAUAACUCGAGUGCCCAACACGAAUAAGCACAGUCUUCAAGGAUCUAAUCCGAUGUGGUUGAAAGGAUAUGAAAACGAAUGGUUCAAAACCGAGGAGAAUUUAAGCCGCAGCGAUCGCGAUUCCUUGGAUGAUAACUUUUUGGCGAUUGCCAAUCAGGAUAAUGGCUGUGCGAGUGCAAAAUUAUUUCAACAAACCAACGAUUUAAAUCGUCACUUUAACGUUUGCAAUCAUAUCGAUAAGUUAACAAAUAAUGCUCACUUGUUAGCUAAGAAAUUAGAAACCACUGAAUUAUGAUUCAAGACUCGUACUAUCGCGUUCGAAUGAGUAUUUGAAAUUUUUAAGUUAACAUACGUUGUAAAUGUAAAUAUAAAACUAAUUAAAUAAGAAGAAGGUCGACUUUGCUUUUUAUUACAAGCAAGGGAA